AUGAGCGUCGGGGCGGCCCGGCCGGGAGGGUUCCUCUGUCCGCAGCGACCACAGGUUCAAAGGGGCUCCUGGUUCAGUUCCGAGUCUUUCGCGCCCCCGCGACACGUCUCUCCUUGGGGAACCGCCUCCCAGGGAGCGCUUUCCCUGGCGCCCAACCGCGCAUCGAGGGAGCCCGUCGGGGGUCCUGCUUUCUCGAGAGGGGGUCCUGCUUUCUCGAGCGGAAGACCUGCAGAGCGGAGGCGCAGCGCGUGGGGACGAGGCCCUCUCCCGACUCGUGCCGGGGGCUCGUUGGCAGACGAGAGCGCUCUCCCUGCGGCUGGUGUCGCGGACUUGCCACUGGCGAAGGGAAACCGGCCAAUCGCGCGCCGCGGGCCCUCGUACCGGGAGGCGGACAGCCCUCGCCCCCGACCCCCGGGGCGCGCGCUCCAGUCCUGGAAACGGGUCGGGACGCACCCAGCAGGCAGCCUUCCGGGCGGGGGCGCCUCUUCCCUGGCGCUGGGCGGCGACGCCCCGGGUCCGCGCCCCUUUGUGCGGCCGCCGGCGGGCACCAUGCUGUCCAUCGGGGGCAGGUACGCGGGGAAGAAGAGGAAAAAGCCGGCGCGGAGGAGUCCUAAACCACAGCCUCCAGAAGGAGCCAAGUCCAACCCUUCUAAACGGCACCGGGACCGCCUGAAUCAAGAGCUGACCAAACUGACCAACUUGCUGCCCUUCCCUGAGGAUGUGCGGGCCCGGCUUGACAAGCUCUCCAUCCUCAGGCUGAUUGUGGGCUACCUAAAGGUGAAGAGCUACUUCGCAGCCAUCCUAAAGGACAGCAUUGCAGACUGCUCAGGUGACCCACCCAUGAAUCCAGGAAGAAGUGAGCAUACCUCUCCACAGGUCAAUGCAGAACUGUUUUCUGAAGGGGACUUGCUUCUUCAGGCCCUCAACGGCUUCCUCAUGGCAGUUACAGAGGAUGGCUAUGUUUUAUACGUCUCUCCCACGGUCCAGGACUACUUGGGAUUUCAUCAAUCAGAUGUCAUCUAUCAGAGUGUGUUCGAGCUGAUCCACAAGGAGGAUAGAGCCAUGUUCCAGAGCCAAUUUCUCUGGCCUCCAGAUGCAGCACCUAUCAGCAGAGAGGGAGAGCAGGACAACCACCCUCUGCCUGGAGAGAACUGUCUCUCACUUAGUGGCACCCUCACUGACAGCCUUCAGCAUCAGCCCUUGGAGGACCCCUCCUAUCUGGAAAGAAGUUUUGUCUGUCGGUUCCGCUGCCUGCUGGACAACUCUUCUGGGUUUCUGGAGCUGAAUUUCCAUGGCCAUCUUAAACUCCUCCCUGGGCAGAACAAUAGAUCAGAAGAUGGCAUCCUCAUGUCUCCUCAACUCACCCUGUUUGCCAUUGCAACACCUCGCCAGCCACUCACCAUCCUGGAGCUCCAAAACAAAACAUUUCUUUUCCAAACAAAACACAAAUUGGAUUUCACACCUAUAGCCUGUGAUUCCAGAGGCAAGGUGGUCCUGGGUUACACCGACAGCGAACUCUGCAGGAAAGGAUCGGGCUACCAGUUCAUCCACGCGGCCGACAUGAUGCACUGCGCCGAGAAUCACGUGCGGAUGAUGAGGACGGGCGAGAGCGGCCUCACGGUGUUCCGGCUGCUCACCAAGCAGGCCGGCUGGCUGUGGGUGCAGUCCAACGCCCGCCUGGUGUUCCGUGGCGGCCAGCCCGACUGCAUCGUCGCCCGGCAGCGGGCCCUGACGAAUGCAGAGGGGGAAGAUCACCUGCGCAAGAGGGCCCUGCAACUGCCGUUCACCUUCACCACAGGGGAAGCCAUCCUGUAUGAUAGCAGCCCCCUGAGCCCUCUGACUUCCCUCCCAGCCAGGAAAAGGAUCCGGGAAAGGAAGGGCACCCCCACUGGUCAGGGCCCUGUGCACCCAGGCUCUCUCCUGGGAGCCAUGAUGCAGCAAGAUGAAUCCAUGUAUUUGUCCUGCAUUGUCCCAACCACCCAAGGCUCACCCUUGGAGAGGCAGGGGUCCAAUGGCAGACAUGAGGACAAGGAAGAGAAAGAGAAGGAGGAAGACCACUCCUUCCUGUCCCUCAUUGAGACCCUGCUGGAGAAGGACACAGAAGAACAGCCUGAUCUCUGCUCCACUCUCCAGCACCUGGGGGUCACUGACCUCAAGCAGUGUUUGUGGGAAGAGAGCCUUCUCAGGGCUGACUCAGGCCCUGCAGGGUCUCAGAACUUCCACCCACUGCCCUCCAGUCAGGGAGGGGGCUCCCACAGGGAAAAGGAAGUACUUUUUCAUGACAGUGGAAAUGUGGCAUUGCCCCCACCAGCCAGCACAACUGUUCCACAGACCCUAAAGCCACAGCCUUCUCUGGGCUCGGGCCAGCUAACUGGGGAAGUAACUCCACCUCAGAACAUGGGCACAGUGCCCAGCUGCCUUCACACACACACCCAGCAUUUUUUCACCACUGGCCCUACAUUCCAGAGCCCUCCACAGUGGCAGCCUCAGCACACCCAGGCAGCACCUUUAAAUUUUGGGAUAUGCCAGAAACCAACAAUAUUUGACUUCAGCCCCCUCCCUGAGGCCUCCAGCCCCAGACAGCCUGCUCAGGUGUUUCAGCCAAACCACACAUCUUUGCUCCCUUUAGGAGAAAAUGUUGUCCCUGGACACCUGGAUCAGCCAGACCCUGGUUUUCUUGAUUUUUGCAAAGAACCUAUGCUCUGGACAGCCUCACACAGUGGUCAGUGUCAAGGGCCCUUCAUCUCCUCAGACCCUACCUCCUGGGGCACCCAUCCCUCGGAGAGCAUUUGGGAUUCCCCCAUCCAAGGCCAGCCAGUAAUGGUCCCUGUGGAAGUGGAGGCAAGGCAGGCCCAGCCUGACCCCUUCCACCACCUGAAGUCAACCAUGGCCAACUCAUGCCCUCCAUGGGCAGGGCCAACCAGUGACAUUCCUCCUGAAUUGUGCUGUGGUUUGCCCCCAUCUGUGCAGGGGGCACUAGGUACCCCAAAGGACACACUUGGGAGUCAAGAGCACCCACCGCACUCCUUGGUGGUGAGUCAGCUCUCGGGGAGCCCUGCCUGUCCUUCCCAGGAGCUCCUGCACAAACCCUUGGCUAUGCAGGACUCUUACAGCAUGGACUGCCCCUGCCCAGCUGCCAAGCAGCAGCAGUGGCUGCAGACCCAGGAGGCAUACGGGCCAGUGAGAGAAGGAUUUCCAAGUGUCCAGCACCUGGGUGGCUGCUCAAGAGAUGCCAUUCCCCCCGCCCUGCAGCCGAGCCCCUUCCUGUCCUCCAAAAGCAGCUCCCCAGGUAUAGGCAGCAGCCAAUGCAAGAGCCCAGCAGAACCCACAAGGCGGAGCAAGGACGGACCGGUCAUCCUAGCCCCAGGUGCUGUGGUAAAAUCCCAGGUGCAGUCCAGCCCUGUUCUGCCUCCCUGCCAUCCUGACCCUGCCUGCCCAUCUACGUCUACGCAGGGCAGCCAUGACCUCCAGCUCCAGGUAGGUGUUGGCAAGCAGGACCAUGGGAAUUUGGGGGUAGCAGGAAGGGGUGCUCCAAGUGCAGAGCUGCUGGCAGAUCUGAAUAUGAGGAGGCAUCAGCCCAGCUAGCCAGUAUUGUUGGAAGAUCCCCCAGCCCAGCUGGGCCUAGGCACAGCAUUGCUGUGAGGCUGCAGAGCAGGCACACAUGGAGGGAUUCUGCAGACAUAGCAGGUCACUGUCAGUGUUGGUCAACUGAGGCCAAUGAUGGUGGCAGGAGCAGCUUUACCCCUGGGAGUAGCCUGGUUAUGACCUGGUAGGCCCUCCAGCUGUAGUCUGCUCCGACUCUGGUGUCUCUUGGGCCAUCACUGAGCCACCUGGACACCUGCAUGUAAUUUAGCCCAGUUUUGGACACCCAGAGUUGGGUUGGUUGUAAGAAUUUUGAAUUUGAUGCCCUUUUCUGCUGUGCUCCCCUCCUGGCACCAUUUCCAAUACCCAAAAGCAGGUUACCACAGGAGUGCUAUUCAUCGUCUGGUGCUACCAGGGAAGCAGGACCUCCACACACAGAUUCUUCAAAUAACUGUAGCAUACACCCCCCAAAGCAGCUUUGGAUGGAAGUCACACCAGCGGUGUUGUGGCCCCUCCGCCUCACACAGAGGAGCAGAUGUGCCUUUCUGGUGAUACAGGGAUGCCCUUAGGGCUAAGAAGGAAUGUGGUGUCCCUGAACCCCAGGUAGCCCCAUAUGACUUCAGUAAGAGCUCCCCUCACUUCUCUGGAUAUUCUGCCCAGUCUCGUGUCACUCUGCCACCUCUCAUUUCUGGGGUCUUCGGGCUCCUUCAGCUCACACCCCUUUUCAAUUUUUUAUUUUCCAUCUGCCAUAAGUUAGAAAAUCAAAAGACCAAAUUUGUUAGACUUAUAUCUGAAACCAAAAUAAUUCCUAAUUAAAGCCUCAAAUUUACAUCUUUUGUAAUCAAGUAUCAAUUUUAGAGUCCUUGGAUUAACCCUCGUGUUUUAUAAUUUUGUUCUA